AUGGAAGAGGACGGAAGAAGACAAGGGCACGACGUUAGUGACGUCGGUGAAGAACACCAUCAAAGGGGAUCGCCGUUUGACAGUCGUGAUGUGACAUGCGUCGUCGGGGUAGGGUACGGAAGUGUGCAAAGGAUUUUAACUGAUGAUUUAGGCAUACCGGUGCCAUUCAGUCAUGGCGUGUUCACUCAUGCGCAACAUACAUCAGAGCCAUUCAGUCAUGGCGUGUUUACUGAUGAACAACAUACAUCAGAGCCAUUCAGUCAUGGCGUGUUCACUCAUGCACAACAUACAUCAGAGCCAUUCAGUCAUGGCGUGUUUACUGAUGCGCAACAUACAUCAGAGCCAUUCAGUCAUGGCGUGUUCACUCAUGCGCAACAUACAUCAGAGCCAUUCAGUCAUGGCGUGUUCACUCAUGCGCAACAUACAUCAGAGCCAUUCAGUCAUGGCGUGUUUACUGAUGAACAACAUACAUCAGAGCCAUUCAGUCAUGGCGUGUUUACUGAUGCACAACAUACAUCAGAGCCAUUCAGUCAUGGCGUGUUUACUGAUGCGCAACAUACAUCAGAGCCAUUCAGUCAUGGCGUGUUUACUGAUGCACAACAUACAUCAGAGCCAUUCAGUCAUGGCGUGUUCACUCAUGCGCAACAUACAUCAGAGCCAUUCAGUCAUGGCGUGUUUACUGAUGCACAACAUACAUCAGAGCCAUUCAGUCAUGGCGUGUUCACUCAUGCGCAACAUACAUCAGAGCCAUCCAGUCAUGGCGUGUUUACUGAUGCGCAACAUACAUCAGAGCCAUUCAGUCAUGGCGUGUUUACUGAUGCACAACAUACAUCAGAGCCAUUCAGUCAUGGCGUGUUUACUGAUGCACAACAUACAUCAGAGCCAUUCAGUCAUGGCGUGUUUACUGAUGCACAACAUACAUCAGAGCCAUCCAGUCAUGGCGUGUUUACUGAUGCACAACAUACAUCAGAGCCAUUCAGUCAUGGCGUGUUUACUGAUGCACAACAUACAUCAGAGCCAUUCAGUCAUGGCGUGUUUACUGAUGCACAACAUACAUCAGAGCCAUUCAGUCAUGGCGUGUUUACUGAUGCACAACAUACAUCAGAGCCAUCCAGUCAUGGCGUGUUUACUGAUGCACAACAUACAUCAGAGCCAUCCAGUCAUGGCGUGUUUACUGAUGCACAACAUACAUCAGAGCCAUUCAGUCAUGGCGUGUUCACUCAUGCGCAACAUACAUCAGAGCCAUUCAGUCAUGGCGUGUUCACUCAUGCGCAACAUACAUCAGAGCCAUUCAGUCAUGGCGUGUUUACUGAUGAACAACAUACAUCAGAGCCAUUCAGUCAUGGCGUGUUUACUGAUGCACAACAUACAUCAGAGCCAUCCAGUCAUGGCGUGUUUACUGAUGCACAACAUACAUCAGAGCCAUUCAGUCAUGGCGUGUUUACUGAUGCACAACAUACAUCAGAGCCAUUCAGUCAUGGCGUGUUUACUGAUGCACAACAUACAUCAGAGCCAUUCAGUCAUGGCGUGUUUACUGAUGCACAACAUACAUCAGAGCCAUCCAGUCAUGGCGUGUUUACUGAUGCACAACAUACAUCAGAGCCAUUCAGUCAUGGCGUGUUUACUGAUGAACAACAUACAUCAGAGCCAUUCAGUCAUGGCGUGUUUACUGAUGCACAACAUACAUCAGAGCCAUUCAGUCAUGGCGUGUUCACUCAUGCGCAACAUACAUCAGAGCCAUUCAGUCAUGGCGUGUUCACUCAUGCGCAACAUACAUCAGAGCCAUUCAGUCAUGGCGUGUUUACUGAUGCACAACAUACAUCAGAGCCAUUCAGUCAUGGCGUGUUUACUGAUGCACAACAUACAUCAGAGCCAUUCAGUCAUGGCGUGUUUACUGAUGCACAACAUACAUCAGAGCCAUUCAGUCAUGGCGUGUUUACUGAUGCACAACAUACAUCAGAGCCAUCCAGUCAUGGCGUGUUUACUGAUGCACAACAUACAUCAGAGCCAUCCAGUCAUGGCGUGUUUACUGAUGCACAACAUACAUCAGAGCCAUUCAGUCAUGGCGUGUUUACUGAUGCACAACAUACAUCAGAGCCAUUCAGUCAUGGCGUGUUUACUGAUGCACAACAUACAUCAGAGCCAUUCAGUCAUGGCGUGUUUACUGAUGAACAACAUACAUCAGAGCCAUUCAGUCAUGGCGUGUUUACUGAUGAACAACAUACAUCAGAGCCAUUCAGUCAUGGCGUGUUUACUGAUGAACAACAUACAUCAGAGCCAUUCAGUCAUGGCGUGUUUACUCAUGCGCAACAUACAUCAGAGCCAUUCAGUCAUGGCGUGUUUACUGAUGCGCAACAUACAUCAGAGCCAUUCAGUCAUGGCGUGUUUACUGAUGCGCAACAUACAUCAGAGCCAUCCAGUCAUGGCGUGUUUACUGAUGCACAACAUACAUCAGAGCCAUUCAGUCAUGGCGUGUUUACUGAUGCGCAACAUACAUCAGAGCCAUUCAGUCAUGGCGUGUUUACUGAUGCACAACAUACAUCAGAGCCAUUCAGUCAUGGCGUGUUUACUGAUGCACAACAUACAUCAGAGCCAUCCAGUCAUGGCGUGUUUACUGAUGCACAACAUACAUCAGAGCCAUUCAGUCAUGGCGUGUUCACUCAUGCACAACAUACAUCAGAGCCAUCCAGUCAUGGCGUGUUCACUCAUGCGCAACAUACAUCAGAGCCAUUCAGUCAUGGCGUGUUCACUCAUGCGCAACAUACAUCAGAGCCAUCCAGUCAUGGCGUGUUUACUGAUGCACAACAUACAUCAGAGCCAUUCAGUCAUGGCGUGUUUACUGAUGCACAACAUACAUCAGAGCCAUUCAGUCAUGGCGUGUUUACUGAUGCGCAACAUACAUCAGAGCCAUUCAGUCAUGGCGUGUUCACUCAUGCGCAACAUACAUCAGAGCCAUCCAGUCAUGGCGUGUUUACUGAUGUGCAACAUACAUCAGAGCCAUUCAGUCAUGGCGUGUUUACUGAUGAACAACAUACAUCAGAGCCAUUCAGUCAUGGCGUGUUCACUCAUGCACAACAUACAGCAGAAUCAUUUGGUCUUGACGUGUUUACUGAUGUUCAACAUACAGCGGAACGGUUCAGUCAGGCAGUGUUCACUUAG